AUGCCCGACCCACGAGUCUUCAUAAUCCGCCACGGCGAAACAGAAUGGUCACUCAACGGACGCCACACAGGAGUCUCGGACAUACCGCUUACAGAAAACGGCGAGAAGCGUGUAAAAUCCACAGGCAAAGCGCUUGUAGGCGACGACAGAUUGAUUGUACCAAGUAACCUAGCACACAUCUACGUUUCUCCCCGCACACGCGCCCAACGCACUCUUGAGCUCCUCAACCUAGGCUGCAAAGAACGCUAUCCCUGGCACGACUCUUCCAAACCGCACACACCAGAUAUCCGCACGAACGCCAAGAUAGAAGUAACAGAGGCAGUCAGAGAGUGGGACUACGGCGCCUACGAAGGCCGCGUCACUUCGGAAAUCAAGAAAGAUCGUGAAAGCCGCGGGUUAGGCGCAGACUGGGAUAUCUGGAAGGACGGUUGCGAAGACGGCGAGAGCCCGGAGGAUGUCACAGAGAGGCUGGAUAAGCUGAUCAAGGAGUUGAGGGAGAAGUACCACAAGGGCAGAUUUGGCAAAGAUGGAAAACCCAAUGAUGUGUUGAUUGUGGCGCAUGGUCAUAUUCUGAGAGCUUUUGCGGCUAGGUGGGUGGGCAAGAAGUUGGAGGAGAAUCCUAGUUUGAUUCUCGAGGCGGGUGGUGUGGGGACACUGAGUUAUGAACAUCAUAGUCUUGAGGAGCCGGCGAUAUUGCUGGGUGGUGCUUUCGUGGUUGAUGUUGUGGAGAAGGAACAGGAAGAGCAGCAGAAGAGCUAG